AUGCCUUCAGCCGCUUCCUCUGGCGCUCAGCAUUUCACUCCCUCCGCCCAAGAUUGGCGCAAGCACCAGCCAAUCAUCUACAACCUUUACAUCUAUCAACGCUUCCCUUUAAAGGAGAUGCGUGAGUACCUCCAACAAGAAUACUCAUUCGACGCCAGUAUACCGCAGUACAAGCGGAAGCUUAAAGAAUGGCGAUACUCGAAGAAUCUCAAAGCUUCGACCUGCAAAGCGCUCGGUGAUAGCUUGGAACGGCGAGGUCUGUCUGGCUCAAAUGUUGUCACGUCGGUGAGUGGUGUGACGCUGAGCCCCAAGAAGUUGCAGAGGGCUCUAAGGAGACAUUAUAUACCAACCUUGCAGCGGAAGUUCGGAUUGGAGGAAAAGACAACCACUCCCGAAGGGAUAUCUAUCCGAAGAUCCCUUGUGGACUCUCUCUCGCUCUCGAACAUCAGGCUUCCCGCAUUUUCGUGGCUUCAGCAAGCACAAGAGUCCGCUGCAGCGUUGCACGGCGCCACCCCAGUGCUGUCUUCCCACACGCAGUUACCACAAUCCCAUUUACCGGAGACCAAUAAAGUUUCGAACGAACUUCUUACGGUUGAUGUUCAAUCUAUACUUUUAGGCGACUUCAGGCCAAAAGCGAUUGCUAGAACGCAGCGGGAAGCGGCCGCCUCAAGAAUCCUCAACCGUCUUCCCAGAGUGGAGCCUGACUCUGUAGGCCAGAACUUCAAUGCUGUAAUCCACCAGGCCGGAAGCAUCAACUUGUAUUCACUUACCAGCUUUGUCAUAUAUCUCUGUGCAAAUAAUCAUCUGGAUGACGCUCAGUUUGACCACUUCAUGGUUCACAUAUCACCUCAAGGUAGCCUGGAUGUGCUCAAGCAUUUGGCUCACUCGAAAUCAGCGUAUGAUUUGGUAGAUCUGCUAAAGAAUCAGUGGGCCUUGGGCAGUAUAUCAACACCGAGAACCAAAUGGCUCCUGGAGAGGAUGCUAUUUACCGCCAUCGAAAAAGGUCAUGAAACAUUCGUCUUGACCCUUUUAGAAGAAAAGAUUGGAAACAACAAGGGUCGAGUCAUUGACGUGAUUACCUCAAUCAGUCAAGAACUUCUGAAACAGGCAGCGCAAUUUCUACCCGGUGCAUUUCGAUUUAUUUUGAACUCAAUGUCCACCAUCGGAAAGGCUCAAGUGCUGCCGUUAGCCGUCAAAGCUGGGUUGUCGAUUGAGGGUGUCUCUUUACUCAUACACAAAGGUGCUGACGUUGAUGCAACGGAUGAUGAGGGAUGUACAGCUCUAUGCUACAGUGCUCGCAGUGGAAAUUUCGGGUUGACGCAGCUUCUGUUGCGAAAUGGCGCCUGCCCCGAAGGAGGGGGAAGCGACUCGCUUGAUCAAUCGCCGAAAUCCCAGUGUAUCCCUCCGUUAUUUUUCGCCGCUGAAUCUGGUCACACGGACAUCUGCGAGCUGUUGUUGCAGGCGGGUGCGGACGUGGAGUCUAGUUGGCACCGUCCUCAUAAGGACAGUCACCGACAUCAGAGAACCUUAGCGGCACUCCGUGGCUUCAGAAAUGCAGUCGAGGUGGCCAUACGGGACGAUCAUAUCAGCGUCUUGGAAUGCCUCAUCACGCAUGGCGCCUUUGUGUCCAGCCGUGGGAGGGGUUAUGCACCACUCCAUCUUGCAGCAGAUUCAGGCUCCUUCUACUCUGUUGGGCUUCUGAUUCGGUGCGGAGCAGACAUUCACGAAUACUGUACCAGCGGGAUUACCAGAACCGCCUUGCAAGCGGCGUGUUUCGCACGAAACAAACAAUGCGCAUCGUUUUUGAUCGGCGCCGGUGCCAGGAUCAAUGAUCCUGCCAUGGGAUUUGAGGGGAAGACGGCACUGCAACAUGCGGCAUGGCGCGGAGACGAAGGUCUCGUGAAAUACUUGUUGGAGUUGGGUGCCGAUGUCAAUGCACCUUGCGCACCAGAUCAUGGGGUCUCAGCUUUGCAAGCAGCAGUUUACAGCAGAAAUGAAACCCUGGUUGGAAUUCUCCUGGCCUGGGGAGCAGACGUGAACGGGAACAUUUCUCGGAAGAAUGGACAAAGCGCAAUAGUGGCUGCGGUUGAAGCAGGUUCAGAGUCUGUGUUCCGGACCUUGGUAAAGGCCGGUGCAGACCUGUCUCCCGUCAAGAGGGACAACCGCACUUACUGUUGCCCAUUCAUCAAAGCGGCACAAGAAAAUUCUGAAGAUUUCGUCCGGCGCUUGCUUGAUCUCGACAUCGACAUCGAUGCUCGCCUGGACUCUGGCUACUCCAUUGCCGAGGAAGCGAUACGGUCAUCGGGUGCCGAAAGUUGGAGAGUUGUAGAGACUAUUCUCGAGCACAGCCCUGCCAUCAGGCUUUCCCGUUGCCAGGGUCGAACACUCUUCAUUGACAUGUGGGACGGCAUUGAUCUGAGCUUCCUUCGUGUACUUGUCCACAGGGGGUUUGAUAUCAAUAAAGAUUUUGUCGGCGAUCAUUUUGGUAAGCGCAGGCAUGGUGGAAUGUUCCACCCAAAGCGGAUGACAUCGGCGAUAUACAGAUCGUUCUUGCAAAAAGCAUGCGCAAAGGGAAACUUGGGGACUGUCGAGUAUCUUCUGUCAGCAGGUGCUGAUCCCAACUCUCUUCCCUCGGUUUAUUUCGAUCCAGUGGCUUUCGCAGCGAGCGGGACGGCUCUCCAGUUGGCAACGAUGGGAAGACACACCCAUCUCAUCAAGACACUGCUUUGCCAUGGAGCAGACAUCAACGCGCCUCCUGCUGAAUUUUUUGGACGUACAGCUUUACAAGCCGCCAGUCAAGCUGGAGAUCUAAAAGUCGUGGAAAUGCUGCUCGACAAUGGGGCGAAUGCCAAUACACCGGCCUCCAAAUGGGCGGGAGUCACUGCUCUUCAAGGCGCCGCCAUCGAGGGUUACGUACGAAUUGUGCAGACGCUGCUUGCUGCCGGCGCAGAUGUCGGAGCCCCCGGAGCAAGGGAAGAUGGUAGAACUGCUGUCAAUGGCGCAGCUGAAUGGGGACGAUUAGACAUGGUCAAGCUCUUGCUCGAUCAUCACCCACUUCAAGACGGCGAAUCGCUCUCUGGGAUUUGCGAGCAGGCCGCCGAGUAUGCCAGGACAGGGCCUCACUGGGCUGUUGUGGAGCUUUUAGAAACCUACGAGAGAAUGCCGGGGUCUCCUUGA